UUUCGUAAAUUUUAUCGCAUAAUAAGUAAACAUUAUUUUCUUUGACUAUUCAAAGGACGAAUUCUUACGUUCAUCACUCUAUUAUUUAAAAACCGCACUGCGUCUGAUGACAUCGAUCAGCGAACGUUCCGGGAAAUUUGAAUUUUCAAUCGAUAAAAUUCGAUUCCAUUAGCACAGCUGAUUAAGACAAAGCAAAAUAACAGCAAAAAAAGAAAGUAAAAAAAGAAAUGGCUCCAACCAAUAUACAUGACGAGGAGGAAAAUAUAUCAAAAUUAAUAUUCCGUCGAUGUGAAAAAUCGAUCAGGGGAUAGGACUAAAGUUGCAGAAUUUAUUUCUAUCGUAAAAAGAAAACAAAGCAGCGAUAAAGAAAAAGAAAAUAGAAAAGGAGACCGAAAUGUAUUGAGCCAACGAAUGUUUCCAAUUGAGAAAUAGAAGUAUCGAAGGCGAAAAGCAGCAGGUUGAAGUUAAGUGGGGAGAUAUUAAAAUGGGUCAAGAGUAUCUCCACGAUGACAGUGUACGUUGUUCGACUUAACGCUCGAUGCCUUCGUAAAGAGAUCCUCCUGCGAGCUUGUCGCGAGGAUCAUUAAGACCACGAUAUAUUACUGUCACAGUUUCACACAAUGUCAUUAACAAUGAGUUUCAAAUUCGUUCAAUUUAAAUUAAUUUCGAACGCAUGAUAUAUCGUGAUAUAUCAUACCACGGCCGAGGAAGAUCUACGAUAUAAUUUAAGAAAUAGAAAAAAGAAAUAAUAUUGUCAACGGAAUGGUCAUCUUAUCACAUUGAUGCCGAUUAACUAACGCACCGCUUACAAUUAGCUUGUCUAGUUUCUUGGAUAGUUAUUAGUUUAAAUCGCACGAUGCGAUACAUUAUAAGCAACGAUUAUCAACAUAAUCAGUUUACGUCCAAACAUUGUUAAAAGGUCAGAGGAGAUAUUUUUCUGUGAAGUUUAAGAAAAUUAUUUUCAUGGUGUACGGAUCACGCAAGAUUACGGAGUCUGCAACCACCACGGGGACGACUUGGCUAUACAACAUUACUACCCAAGGUGAGAUGAGCAGCAGCGGUGGGUUAGGAUUUGGCGUCGGUGUCGGUGUCGGCGUCGCCGGCGGUCCAACCCUCGCAUCCGCUCAACAAGGCCAAGGAGUAGCUGCUCUCCUAGUGAUGCUUGCUGUGCUCUGUUUUAUAUUCGCUUAUUGCUGCUGGGGUGCUCCGUUCUGCAGAUCUUUGUGUAGACGGCAUUGUUGCUGCCGACUCGAGGAUCCUGAACCAGAUUCACGGUUUAGUAAUAACGAUCAAACGAUGGUAGCAACGCCGACGAUUAUUCUCUUGCCACACGGUAGAAUGCUCGUUGUGGAUGGUGCAAUCUUCACUCAAUUUCAAACCGACCCGACUGGUUUAGAUUUGGUGGAACUAGGCGAUAGUGUACUACGCGCUCAAAGAAAUUCACGAAGCAUAAAUCGACAUCAGUUACAAAACAGUCAAGGUAGUAUACUUGAAAUGGAUGCGGAAACUCCAAGUAAAGAUAGCUUAGGAUCUAUUGGGUGUUUUCCACCACCGACUUAUGAAAGUAUCUAUGGAAAGGAAGAGUCGGACAUGCCACCAUCGUAUUCAGAUAUCUUAUUACACAGGUUUGCCAAUCUUCCUCAUGAAAUAGAUAUGCAUGGUUAUUGUCACGAUGAUAAAGAAGAAAUUGAAAUGCAAAGCCUAGACAGUUGUCCACAUAUAUUAAAUAAUCCAAUGAGUACAAUAGCAUAUCCUUAUGCUACAGUAACGAAUUUUUCAAGCCAAAGCUUUCCACGAAGAAACGUCUCAAGAAAUCCAUCGAUCAUUAGCAAUCCACUUGAUAGUUAUUACGUAGAUAAUGAAUUAGAAUUAUACCGAUUGAACCAAGAAAUGGUACCACGAGUAUUUAGCAAUGCAAACUUCGAAACUCUUAGUACUUAUCAAAAUGAAACUUCGUUUUAUAUUGCGAACGGAAAUGAAAGCGAGCGACAAAAUGAUACAUUAUUGAAUAAUGGAAAUUAUUGCGCGCCCAAUAAUAGUAUUCGAAAUAACGAAAGGAUACUUUCAAAUAGUACCGAUGAUGUAUCAAGGAAUGUAACAUCAGCGAAUGAGGUAAUGAAUACAAGAAAUCUGGUUCGGAGCAUGUCGAGAACUAGUCAAGAAAUAACAGAAUCCUGCAGAAAUAAUGCAGAAAAUUCACAGAGAGAUAAUCAAGAGACUGGUGUAGUUUUUGUUCGAUUACCUCGUUCUGAAGAUCGCAAUAACAGCCACGCUUCACAAAAUUGGUAUAACAACACAAGCGAAAACGAUAGAUCCAGAGUAAGUCAAGAAGAUCAAGCUAGUCUGAGAAAUAUACAUUCCACAAACAACGAGGUGGAUGAAACUAAUCACAACAUGGAAUCUAAUUCAAUAGGAUAUUAUAUUAGAAACCAAAGUACUGAUGAAGCUAUUGGUAGAUCACAUAGAUUGGAAAACGAAUCAGCUUAUUCUGAUGAAGAGACUAGAAAUUUUGGAGCAUUAGCAGACAUUCGUGAAAGUCGAGUAUAA